AUGAGAGUAGCCUUAGAAAAAUAUGUGGAUGCCACUUGCAGUGACUUUAAUUUUGGAACGGCUUUGCAUAUUGCAGCGUAUAACUUGUGUGCAGGUGCUACAAAAUGCUUACUGGAGCUUGGAGCAAACCCCGCAUUUAGGAAUGACAAAGGACAGAUCCCUGCUGAUGUUGUUCCAGAUCCAGUGGACAUGCCGUUGGAAAUGGCCGAUGCUGCAGCCACUGCUAAGGAGAUCAAGCAGAUGCUUCUAGAUGCGGUGCCCCUGUCAUGUAGCGUCACAAAGGCCAUGCUUCAAAACUGUGAUCAUGUUACUGCCAAGUCAAUGCUUACCUCUCUCGGCUUGAAGUUAGGGGAUCGUGUGGUCAUCGCAGGACAGAAGGUUGGGACAUUAAGAUUUUGUGGAACAACUGAAUUUGCAAGUGGGCAGUGGGCUGGCAUUGAAUUAGAUGAACCAGAAGGAAAAAACAAUGGAAGUGUUGGAAAAGUCCAGUACUUUAAAUGUUCCCCCAAAUAUGGUAUAUUUGCACCUCUUUCAAAGAUAAGUAAAGCGAAAGAUCGAAGGAAGAACAUAACACACGCUCCUUCCAUGAAAGCCGUGCCUCUCAUCAGGUCCCAGAAAAUUGAUGUAGGUCACGUCACCUCAAAAGUGAAUACUGGAUUGAUGACAUCAAAAAAAGAGAGUGCUUCUGAAUCAGCACUUUCGUUGCCUCCUAGUGAAGAAUUGAAAACUUUAACAGAGAAAGAUGUUACCCUGCACGGAUCCAUCAGCAGCUCCUCCUCUACAUCUUCUUUGGAACACAAACAGAGCUACCCCAAGAAAGCGAAUGCAAGCAGCAAUAACAAGAAGACCAUGAGCAAAAGCCCUUCUCUGCCAUCUCGAGCCAGUGCUGGUAUCUAUGGCUUUUUCAACCAGGCUUUCUUGGUGUUUUUUAUCUUGGUUUGUUUAAACACGAGACAGCCCCCAACAUCUUCUUGUUUCAGCAAUACCACUUUUAACUGCAAGUCAACGCUUUUAAAAUGCAAUAUUCAUGUUCUAGGGUAUUGGUACGGUAUAGAGCUUGAAAAACCCCAUGGCAAGAAUGAUGGUUCAGUUGGAGGUGUGCAGUAUUUUAGUUGUUCUCCAAGAUAUGGAAUAUUUGCUCCCCCAUCCAGGGUACAAAGACUAACAGAUUCCCUGGAUACUCUUUCAGAAAUUUCUUCAAAUAAACAGAAUCAUUCUUAUCCUGGUUUUAGGAGAAGUUUCAGCACAACUUCUGCUUCUUCCCAAAAAGAGAUUAACAGAAGAAAUGCUUUUGCCAAGUCCAAGACCGCUUUGCGUCGCAGCUGGAGCAGUACCAGCACAGCAGGUGGCCUUGAGGGGAGUGUGAAGCUGCACCGGGGCUCUCAGGUCCUGCUCACGAGCUCUAAUGAGAUGGGUACCGUUAGGUACGUGGGCCCCACGGACUUUGCUUCAGGGAUCUGGCUUGGACUGGAGCUCCGAAGCGCCAAGGGGAAGAACGAUGGCGCCGUGGGUGACAAGCGCUAUUUCACCUGUAAGCCGAACCAUGGAGUCUUAGUUAGACCGGGAAGAGUGACCUAUCGGGGAAUCAAUGGGUCCAAACUUGUGGAUGAGAAUUGUUAAGCUUCUAAAAUAUGAGUCGAGCUCAGAAGUGUGAGUGCACAGUGCACACGCACACCGUGUAAAAUAAGAACCCAUGGCAUAUGGUUUUACUUUCUUUAGCCAUUAUCUAACAUGUGGAAAUGCAGCGUAUAGUCAUCUUCCUACAAACCCUUACAACAAUGAGUGACUCCUUAAAAGGCCACAAGCAUGAGCUCUAGAUAUCAUGGUUCUCUUAAAAGGUUUCCAAAUAAGCAUUUUUAAAAGCUUUAAAAGCUUUAGGUCCCAAGAAAAAUUCCAGGACUCAAAAAAGGAAGAAAGGAAAGAAUGUGCCACCAGGUGAUAAAUGGAUGUGUUGCUUUGCUUGUUGUGUUUCAUUUUUGCACAUGAUGUUGGAUUUGUCCCGAUUGUGAAGGUUUUCACUAGCUUUGGUUAACAGUGUUCACAUGACCUUUUUCUGUCACAUGUUUUCUGAGUUUUUCUUUCUGUCUUGAGUUUUAUUACUAAUAAUUACCUUAAGGUAAUAGCAACUAGGUGUAUUUUUGAUAUUUCUGAUAAAAUCACAUGCCCCUUCAGGAAUGGCUCAUAUCAAGGUGUGUUAGAAUGUGAGAGGUGGAUGAACCCUGGGCAGUCUGGCGUGGCCUCUGGCCCCUUUGCUGAAUACAGAAAUGGAAUCUGUCCUACCCAGGGCCACCAACUAGUUGGUUGGCAAACAACCAUGGGUCUCCUGACUUGUGGUUCAUUGCUUUUCCCUCUAUGCAAAGUAGGUAACCUCCGAGUUUUCUUCUGCUGCUUGCCUGUCUAAUCUGUAUGAACUACAGAAAAACUCACAAUUAAGGUUUAUGAAUUCAAAUCAGAAUGUUUUGCACUUGUUUAACUUCUUCGCUAGAUGUAUCUAUCUCACACACGCUCACUUAUGCACACAUGCACGCACACUCAAAGCACUUUUAAAACAUGAUGCACUUUCAUCUUUGUAGAUUGUCUGACAUCCUUUCCUCCUGGAAUAUGAAAAACAUUUUAAAAAUGUAUUCAACAGAAGAGAGCAAAUUAAGUUAUGUCAGGAAGGGCGUAUUACUUGUUCAUUUAAAUGUGUAUGAUUCCCGGGCUUUUUUGUUCUGUCACUGGUCAGCCUGGUGUUGUUGGCUGCAGUGGCUGUUCUUCGCCCCCAGAGGUUGCAGAGGUCAGCCUCUUACAGAGCGACAAACGACACUGUGUACCAUGUUCCUCCUUGAGUAUAUGUUACAAACUAAGCUUUGCUAAAGUGAUGUAAUAAUGUCCAAAGUCUGUCUUGUGUAUAUGUAUUGAAGUUUCUGUCCUAUGUGUGUAAAGAUUUAUUGUAAAUAUUUAGACUUCAAACUACCGCAGAAUAUUGGAACAAUUUAUAAGAUUAAAAGUAUCCUUCAGAAUGGAGCUUGCUUUGUGCUUAGAAAUAAAAUAUGCUGAACUAUUUUGCAAUAUACUAUUUUAAAAUCUAAAUUCUGUUACUUUGUUGCCUUUUUUUUUUAAAAAAAGUGUGGUAUGUCAAUAAAUACUGCUAGACUUAUUUUCCUGAAAUACAUUUGCAAAAUAAGGCUGCUUUAUAACCAAGGAUUAUUUUUAUUGAUUGAAGAAAAUAAGUGUGCUGUGAUUUAAAAGUAGAUUUAUUUUAUUAUAUAGAUUAUUUCUUAAAAACUAUUUAUACCUGAACAUGAAAUCCAUGACUAUACUGAACUUGAAAUUUAUAAUUCUGUUAAAUAUAAAACUCUCCGAGUUAAAAACAGUAACACCAACACUGAAUUUAUUUUUUGAUGUCAAAGAACCAAUUCUCAUCCUAUUCAGAUCAAGAUUUUUAAAUCCAUUUAACAUGUAUGUUUACAUAUACUAUACAUACAAAUUAGGUGUUUCCGUUGUGUUUUGCUUAUUAAAUGUCAUUCAAAGUUCACUUCUGGAGCAUUAAUAAAAAGGGAAGCUGCUUGGUUUUGGAA